AUGGUGGGACAUAAAGUCACCUAUUAUAUAUUUACUGAUCAAGUCAGCAACAUUCCUGCCUUCACCCUGGGUACUGGCAGAAAAUUGGUAACACUGGAGGCUCCCAGCUACCAACGUUGGCAAGAUGUGUCCAUGCGACGGAUGGAGAUGAUUCGUGAUCAAUCCCACCAGAGAUUUAUCCAUGAAGUGGAUUAUCUGGUGUGUGUGGAUGUUGAUAUGAGGUUCAGUGAUGAGGUGGGGGUUGAGAUUUUAAGUAUUGUGUUUGGAACAUUACAUCCUGGUUUUUAUACUGCAUCACGAGAAGGAUUUACUUAUGAGCGGCGACCAGAGUCCACAGCUUACAUUCCCAGAGAUGAAGGGGACUUUUACUAUGCUGGUGGAUUUUUUGGGGGGGGUACAGUAGAAGAAGUCUACAGACUGACCAACUUCUGCCAUAAUGCUAUGAUGGUAGAUAAAGAAAGACAAAUUGAAGCCAUCUGGCAUGAUGAAAGCUACUUGAAUAAGUAUUUUCUUUAUCAAAAACCCACUAAAAUUCUCUCUCCAGAAUACCUGUGGGAUAAUGAUUUCGCAGCUCCGGAUUUUCUCAAGAAAAGAAGAUUUGUUGCUGUUUCAAAGAACCAUAAUGCAAUUCGCAACAAACGAGCACUGCAGAGUGUUUCAGGAAUUGAAGGAAAUUUACAUAGGUGA